GACACCCUUGCUCCACCGCUCAGUCACCGUACCCGCCGUGCUGUGCGGCUGCCGAAGGUCCGGGAUACUUUGAUCGACCUCAGGAGACCGAGAUGCCGUGGCCACUGACCCAUCCCGACCAGAUAUACCGCAAUCACCCGCCGCGCUUCAUCGACACAUCACUUUGUUCAGCCCAGCAGUAUCCUGUCCUUGAGUACGACCCGUACCUCGUCCCCGACGAGUAUUCUCAAUACCUCCGACAUCCUGGUCCGACUUAUCCGACUGUGGGCGCCAGUGACCCAUACUACUCGGCUCGCGGAGAUAUGCCAUUCUGGCUGGAGAUUCCUCCUGAGCCUGUUCGAUCCUUUGAGCGGCAUAGGGACCGUGAAUUCCGGUUUGGAUACGACUUGCCGCCACCGCCGCAUCCGCAGCGAGCCUCCAGAACUCGGCACCCUGCUGCCGAGAGUCUCUCCGGGCCCCAUAACCUCCCCGAGAUUUCCUUUGCCGAGUCGGCCCGACUGGCUCGCCGCAGCUUGCGCAUCCACUCGCGACCUCUGAAUCAGCCCGACCACAAGGAGGCCCUGACAACGCGCGAGCGAUACAUGUCUUCCAAGGUCCUGGCCUCCACCAAGGACGGGGCAAACAUCGACUAUCUUCCGUACUCGUUCCAGGACUGGCUCAAGCUCAAACAGCGAGAUGGGCAGAUGAAGCUCGGCGGUCUUGGACCAAACGAGAACGACAAGUGGCUAGAGAGCAACAAACGAAACACUCGAAUCCAAGCCUAUGUGCAAUCGCUCCCGUUAGUGACGGGCGAGCAGCAUUCCGGGUCGGGUCUUGGCCAUCGGUCCCAGAGCAUCUCGCGCAGCUCGCACAAUACCAAGGGCUGACCCACAGCGUCUCUGGAUUCACGGGAUUGAAUACACUUUGCC